GUAUAAGCCGCUGAAACUCCAGCGUGCCUCUAGGUUUGCAGGCUGGCGCGCGCGCGGUAGACAUCGACCAUCACUUGCGUCAGCGCGCCAGACGGAGAAACGGAGAUAUGAGCGGCUAGGUCAGGUUCCGUCGCGCCCGCCUGCCGUCUUCGGUCUCCUCCCAGUUUGACGAGAAAAAAAAAAAUCACACUUUCAUUAGAAAUUUAAAGCAAAUCAACCUUGAAGAAACUGCACGAUCGGCGGCGACCAUGGGACUCAAAGUAGAAGACACUGCGAUCCUGGACAAGGCGCCCAACUGCUGCAACGGAGUUUCGCACACCGGAUCGCCCAAGACCGGCGACAGCAAGGAUGGGAAGCAGGCCCGGCGGAAAGGGAAGGACGACUUUGAGGAGACGCCGCUGCUCAUGGCACUGAGCACCUACCUGAGCUACGUCAUUCUGGGCAUCUUCGGACACAUCCGGGACUUCAUGCGCUCCGUCGGCCUGGAGGAGAUUCGCACGGCCACGGAGAAAGACCGGGAGGGUUAUGUUCCACUCUACCAGAGUUUCGAGAGCUUCUACACGCGGAACGUGUACCGGCCGAUCCGCGACUGCUUCAACCAGCCGAUCUGCAGCGUUCCCGGAGCUGUCAUAGACCUGGUCGAUCGCGUCACCGACGACAACAACUGGACGUUCACGAUGCCUGGCACGGUGACGAAGGCGAUCAACAUGGGCUCUUACAACUACCUGGGCUUCGCUGAGAACUCCGGUCCUGUUGUGGACGAGGUGGAGAAGGCCAUCCGCCGGUAUGGCAGCGGCACCUGCAGCAGCCGACACGAGCUGGGCACACUGGCGAUCCACCAGGAGCUGGAGGACCUGGUGGCCCGCUUCCUCGGGGUGGAGGCCUGCAUGACAGUGGGCAUGGGCUUUGCCACCAACUCGACCAACAUCCCGGGCUUGGCCCAGAAGGGCUGCCUCAUCCUGAGCGACGAGCUUAACCAUGCCUCCCUCAUCUUGGGCUGCCGCCUGUCCGGGGCCACCAUACGUGUCUUCAAGCACAACAACAUAGCGGACCUGGAGAGGAAGCUGAGGGACGCCAUCGUGGGAGGGCAGCCCCGCACCCACCGGCCCUGGAAGAAGAUCGUGAUCAUAGUUGAGGGAGUAUACAGCAUGGAGGGCUCGAUAGUGAAGCUUCCGGAGAUUGUGGCCCUAAAGAAGAAGUACAAGGCAUACCUGUACGUGGACGAGGCGCACAGCAUAGGAGCCAUGGGCCCCACCGGGCGCGGAGUCGUGGACUACUUUGGCCUGGACCCCCGUGACGUGGACCUGCACAUGGGGACGUUCACCAAGAGCUUCGGGGCGGCCGGCGGAUACAUCGCAGGCUCCAAGGCGGUGGUGGACCACCUCCGGGCAGAGUCGUACAGCUUCUGCUAUGCGGCGAGCAUGCCGGCACCCGUGGCCCAGCAGAUCAUCUCGACGUGCCGCGUCAUCAUGGGGGAGGUGGGGUCCGGGGACGGGCAGCGGCGCAUCGAGCGGCUGGCCCGCAACACGCACUACUUCCGGCGGCGGCUGAAGCAGAUGGGCUUCAUCAUCUACGGCAACGAGGACUCGCCCGUGGUGCCCCUCAUGCUGUACCUGCCUUCCAAGAUAGCCGGCCUGGUGCGCUACCUGAUGAAGCGCGGCGUGGCGACAGUGGGCGUCGGCUUCCCGGCGACGCCGCUGCUGGAGGCCCGCGCCCGUUUCUGCAUGUCGGCGUCGCACACCAAAGAAAUGCUAGACCAGGCUUUGAGCGUCAUCGACAAGGCAGGCGACUACCUCUACCUGAAGCUAUCAAAACGCAAGAGGACCACAGAAGAAAUAGUCUACUAAGAUGGCGUCCCGUUUCAGAAGACGCGGACCCCCACUUUUUCUUCUCGUCUUUUUCCCUCGCUGCUUUGUCAGGCUGGGGGAAAAAGUAAAUCAAAAUGGCAACAACAGAAAUGCAGGAAGUGCCUGUGAGACAAACCUUCUCCCCAGGUGCGUCGUUUUUAUCGACUGUUGCACCACCCAUCUACCACGUGCAUGUGAGCAGACUGUUGCGGACUGUUGCAGGCUGUGCUCUCCGGAGAGCUCAGUUCUUCCCGGCACAUGCUUUGAAGCCACCUGUCACUGCAUCGUCAUGGCCUUUUCAUCGAGCAAGCUUUGCUUCUGUGUGUUCCUGAUGCAGCAAUUUUUUUUCGUGGCUGGCUUUGACUUGUAUAUUUUUUUUUUUAUAUCACCUCUAGCAGUGCUGGAAGGCAAAAGAAAGGUAUAAUGGUGCAAUGAGAAAUGUACUUGGAAAUAGUGGCUGCGUAGGGAACCAAUUGAGCACUGCAGUGUUAUACAUUUCCAAAAAGAGCUGUGGCAGGUGUAUGUAAUAAAGGAGUUUUCUAUGCUCA